AUGCAGGCCUAUCUCCAGUACCGUCGCAUUGGUCACGCAGUUCGCAGGCAGCUCGACGAUGGUCUCCCAGAGCGGGUCCGCUCGGGAUCUGGCCUCCAGGGGAAAGAGCAAAAUGCUUCGCUAGACGCUAAUGACAUUAACCUGAGUGAGCCCGUGUUGGCAGGUAUCCAAGUCCAGCAACACGAUAACAAUGGAUCGCAUUCUCAGAUUCUCCUCGUCGGAUGGGAACACGACCAUGAUCCCCUCAAUCCGCGCAACUACAGCCUGGCCUGGCGUCUCUCUGCCACCUUGGUAGUGUCCGCCAUGGCUUUCAUCGUCGGAGCGGCCUCGUCUAUUGAAUCGGGUGUACUGCCGCAGAACAGCGCCGCCUUUGGAGUCAGCGAGGUCGUCGCAUCGCUAGCCACGGGUCUCUACCUGCUCGGUUUCGCUGCGGGGUCCCUCGUCUCUGGUCCCUUGUCCGAAAUCCUAGGUCGUAACGUCGUCUACGCCGGAUCGCUGACCUUAUUCAUGAUCUUCGUCAUGGCCACCGGUUUAGCUCCCAACAUCGGCGCGCAGCUCGCCUUCCGUUUCCUGGCUGGUGUCUUUGGCUGUCCCCCGCUGACUUGCGCCGGCGGCACCGUGGCCGAUCUGUGGGAUCCUCUAGAGAAAACUCUCACCUUCCCUCUAUACGCGAUCCUGUCCUUUGGCGGACCCAUCAUGGGCCCAACCAUCGCCUCAUACAUGGGCCAGGGCACGCUCUCCUGGCGUUGGACCAACUGGAUUAUCCUCAUCGGCUCCGGUCUCAUCCUCGGACUAGUCAUCCUCUUCCAACCAGAGACCUACGGUCCGCUUCUCCUUAAAUGGAAGGCCCACCAUCUCCGGACAGCAACGGGCGAUAACCGCUACCACGCCCCAAUGGACCUCCAACAGACAGCCCUCUUCUCCCGCAUGUUUACCGCCUGCCGUCGCCAAUUCGAACUCACCUUCCACGAACCCAUCAUCCUCCUCAUCUCCCUCUACAUGACCGUCAUCUACAUCGUGCUUUUCACCUUCUUCGACGGCUACCCGUACAUCUUCACCGACGUCUAUGGUAUCUCGCAGGGUCUCACAAACAUCGUCUGGGUGGCUAUGUACGUGGGCAUUCUAUGCGCUAGCUUCCUCGUCCCCGUCAUCUACCACUACACGAAGCGCGAGUUCCAGGAAUUAGCCGCUGCCCAGAAAGCUGACCAACCGGCCGAAGAGCAAGAGAAGGAUCUGGGCAAGAAGAAUAUCCACUCUCGUCCGGAGAAUCGGCUCUGGUUCGCCAUGUCUGGUGCACCGUUGAUUCCUAUCGGGUUGUUCUGGAUGGGUUGGACGGAUUAUAGCUCCAUCUCCAUCUGGUCCCCUAUCGUCGCGUCUGCCGUUUUUGGUUUCGGAACCAUCACCGUCUUCAUCUCCAGUUACAUGUACGUUAUCGACUCGUACGACAUCUACGCCGCCUCUGCAUUAGGCUUCAUGACUGUGUCACGGUACUGCGCCGCCGGUGGGAUGACCGUUGUCGGGAUCCCGUUUUACAAGAAUAUGGGGGUGCACUACACGUUGACGAUUUUGGCAUGUAUCAGUUCGGUCAUGACGCUGGUGCCGUAUGUGUUUUAUCGGUAUGGUAAGACGAUUCGGGGAUGGAGUCGGUUUGCUGUUGCUACUUAA